CGCGCGCAGCGCGUCGUGAGUGAGUGGCUUUGAUGAAGGUGCGCUCAGGUGACGCGGUGCGCGCGCUGGCAAAAUAGUCUCGUAGCUGACUUACUGCGCAUGUGCAGAGCGUCGCGUUGGUGUAGGAACUUGGAAGGCUUCGCCGUUAAAAUUGUACGACACGCGCUCCCGUGUUCACGGAAACCCUGCUAGCGAGCGCAGCAUGCCUGAUCUCGGAGAGGUGCACCAAUUUCGCGACCACGCUGUCGCAGGCGUCAACUGGCGACCAACGCGGUUUGUACACGAAGUGCCCAGUUACCUUGCGUGCGGCCUCUGCCGCAUGAUUCCCAACAGGAUUCUGCUGCUGCCGUGUGGGCAUAACCUGUGUCAGUCUUGCUGUUCAGCGGAGUCCCAGGAUUCCGGGAAACGAUGUCCCUUGGAUCAAGGAACGUUCGAGGUAGAGGAGUACGUUGAUGAUGACUUGCCUGCCACGGAAGCCAACACUUUGCAGGUCCAUUGUUGGAACGAGGCGCACGGAUGCAAAUUUGAGGGCGCCAUAGAAGAUAUGUUGCGGCACUUCGAGAAGCAAUGCACGUGGCAUGCCAUCGAAUGUUCGGGAUGUGGCAAGCAAGUCUUGCACAAGGCCCUGUCCAAUCACUACGUAACCGAAUGCAGUAACUCAAAUUCUUCGGCUGGCAAAGGCAUUGCUUCGGCGGAGUUCAGCGACCUCACUCUUGAAGAUCAUGGUGCUACUUCCGAUGACCUUUAUAACGGAGACUUGCAGGCGCUGUUCACCAACCCCAAGCACGACCAGCUCCUGUCUGCGAUUCAGGGCGAGAUCAACGAAUUGACGCAACAGUUCGGCAAACAUCAAUCCAGCCUAUCCGAAAUCCUUGCAUCCCAGGAUAUUCUAAAGGCACAGAUGGCUCAAGUCGCUGCCCCAGCUUGCUCGACGACAUCGGACCAGCCGCGGCAUCUGGAUGAGGAAACCACUACUACGUCGCCAUCUGCGUCGUUGUCGUCGCUGCCGUUGCGAUCUGAGAAGACGCUGAUACUCCGAAAGCUGGAGGCCUUCGCCGACAUGUCGCUCCGCACUCUGGAACACUUGCGACAAUCUUCCACGUCGCACGGUCCGCGGGGCGUCCGUGUCUAUUGCGAGCCCGUACGCCUCGGCUGCGAGGAUUGGCAUUUGACCAACGCCCGGUCGAAUGUACGCAGGUGGAGCGAAGUGAGCGGGUUAGUCCAGUACCACGUGAUCCUCGAAAACUGCGACGCGGAUACUCUAACGUCGCUGCUCGGAGACGCUGCUCGGAUCACGGUGUUGCACAUGAGGGACGCGUACUUCACGCUUGAAGUCUUUAGAGACGAUACCGACCUCGUUUUGUGGAUCACGUUUCACGGAAUCUUGGCAGGCUCUCCGUGUCCGGCACCUGUCAUUUCCGUGAGGGCGUUGGGAACCUUCAUAACGCACACAGUGGUAUUGGCCCCGUCUAUCCAGGCUCGCCCUUGUAAUCAACACGGUGACUCGCUGGUGCAUUUUCACCGCGAAUUCAGGAAGGAUUUCGAGUUCAUGAAAAAUAGCUUCAUUGAGGGUGGAAAGAUGCGUUUCCUUAUCGAGUUCUCGCACAAAGAAAUCGUUAGGGCGACACGCGCGAGCACCUAAUUUGCAUAAGCGAGCUCAUAUUUCAGCGCGAUAAUCAUACUUUCGCUUGUUUACGUGCGCGUGUAAUGCUAGGGUAGUGAAAUUUCCGCAGAAGUUUCGUGUCCUAUAGAAAGUAGGCGCUUCUAAAUUUGCAGCUGCUCCUUGCAAUCUGAACUGCUCAACCCUUACUGUAGCGGCGCAUUUUCACUGGCAUACCUAUCAUUCAAGGGUUACGGUGUCGAC